AUGGGCCUAUGCAAAUGCAGGAAUGUGACUAAUCUCUUUUGCUUUGAGCACCGAAAGAAUGUCUGUGAAAAGUGUAUCUUAUCAGAUCAUCCAAGAUGUGUUGUUCAAAGUUACCUCGCAUGGCUACAAGACUCGGAUUACGACGCCCUGUGUAAACUAUGUAAACAGCAGCUGACUGGAGAUGUCGUUAGAUUGACAUGUUUUGACUUGUUCCAUGUCGAUUGCAUCAACUCUCAUUGCGCAAAACUCCCUGAACAUACCGCUUCUGCUGGAUAUUCUUGUCCAUCUUGCCACGUACCCAUUAUUCCACCCGACAAUGUAAACUCCCAGAUCGCUGAAUUGGUCAGGAAUACAUUCCGAGAUGCUUCUUGGGCUCAACACAUCAUAUCCAAACGAGUGACACCAGCACCACAAGAUCCACGGCUAGAACCAUCACUGAAUCCCAUAAAUAAUAGUAGUAGCAACAGUAACUCUCAACUGGGAGGCACUUCAACAUCUAUUCAGUCAAAUAUUGCAUCUACAUCAUCUAUAUCAAGGUUACCGACAUCACCAAUAGUGACGAAUGGUAUACAUAUGGGGGGAAUACCGCCUAAAACUCCUCCAGGACCAAGAAAGUCAUUGACGAAGUUUAUAUCAACAAGGAGUUCCAAGGACGUGGAUGAUGACAAGUAUUCUCGAAAAGAUUCUGGUGGAGAUUGGUCGUCCAUGCUCCUCUCUACAUUUCAGUCACGAUUGACGACAAGACGGAUCAUUGUAUUGGUGGUGGUUGCACUAGCUGUUGUAAUUUUGGGUAGAAUGGCAUUUGCUCCUAGCAGUGGUGCAAGCAAGACGUCAGCAGAUGAUCUUGAUGUUGAUGAAGCAGAAUAG